GGUUCAGGUCGGUCAGUUCAGUCCCCCACUACCAGCUCCCGGAAGGAAGAUUUGAAUUGUGGUCCCUUUGUUGGUCUGGGUCGAAAGUUGCUGACUUGUAUCUUUGAUGAUCAGAAAGGUCAGAGUACGUUAAUAAGAUCUAUACGCGAUUGCUCUCAGAAGCGGGGCGGAAGAUGGGGUCGACUUGGGACAUUGCGCUGACUGGGACCUUCUAGAUCUGGGUCUCCUUUUUGGAAAAGCCGGACCUCUGAGGGGCGUCGAGAAUCUUCGCCUAUGAAACAAGCUCGGGACACUGGUUUGGUCGUGGGAGCCUCAUACUCUCAUGCGGAUAUGCUAAAGUUUGAUAACCUAUCUAUUUCUUCAUCCUCAGGCCGACCAAGAACGCCUCCAUUUUCUUCGUCCCAGAAGAACCGCAGCGAUACCCCUCCUGUGCACCGAGGCUCGUCCGGCUUAGCAUCCCCACCUAGAAGGACUUACACAGAGUUCUUAUCCACCACCAAUAAUGACUGGACUGCGGAGGACGAGGGCGAUGACGAUGACGAGUAUGCCUAUGAUAAUGACGAUGGGGAUGAUUUUGGUUUACCCAGCAUAUCGAGCAUGAAACGAAAGACCAAGAAAGUGCCCGAGGGCCAGACUUUUGACUCUGGGGGCAAUCUAUCACCGUUUGGGCACGGCUUGCAAGGUGGUUUCGGUGGAUUUGGACCUCGAAGGCUAUCAAACAGUGCAGAUAUAGCCAUUGAACGUCCUACGCCGAGCUAUCCUGUGGCUAAGAAAAGUGAGGGAAAGAUAUUACGACCACAAUACAAGGAGGUGCUCCGAGACCCUGCCAACUCGUUACAUCUCAUAAAUCACCCUCCUAUACCGCCAAACGCCUCUUCGAAGGAGAUCGAUGCUCACUCUGCAAGGAUAACGAGGAUCAACAAGUUCAAGAAGAUAUUGCAAGCCACUUCAGUGAACCUUACAGAUCUGAGAGCCUUAGCAUGGUCUGGAAUUCCUGAAGAAGUACGAGCAAUGACUUGGCAAUUAUUACUUGGAUAUCUUCCAACGAGUAGUGAGCGCAGGGUUGGUACACUCGAACGUAAGAGAAAAGAGUACCUUGAUGGUGUGCGGCAAGCUUUUGAAAGGAGUGCAAGCAGUACAGCUCCAGCUGGCAAAAUGAGAGGUCUUGAUGAAGCAAUUUGGCAUCAAAUUAGUAUCGACGUUCCCAGAACGAACCCACAUUUGGAACUCUAUGGUUACGAGGCUACUCAGAGGUCGUUGGAAAGAAUUUUGUAUGUCUGGGCUGUGCGACAUCCAGCAAGUGGUUAUGUGCAGGGAAUCAAUGAUCUUGUCACGCCUUUCUGGCAAGUGUUCCUUGCAAGUUACAUUACAGACUCAGAUGUCGAAAGUGGCAUGGACCCUGGACAACUACCAAAACCAGUCUUAGACGCUGUAGAAGCAGAUUCAUUCUGGUGUUUAACGAAACUUCUCGACGGAAUCCAGGACAAUUACAUUUUUGCUCAACCAGGAAUCUUACGGCAGGUUGCUGCUCUGCACGACCUCACGGCUAGAAUAGACGAACCUCUAGCAAAGCAUCUUGAACAGGAAGGUGUCGAAUUUAUCCAAUUCAGCUUUCGAUGGAUGAACUGUCUUCUCAUGAGGGAAAUCAGUGUCAUGAACACUAUCAGGAUGUGGGAUACAUAUAUGGCUGAGGAACAAGGCUUCUCAGAAUUUCACCUCUACGUCUGCGUAGCCUUUCUUGUCAAAUGGUCUGACAAGCUACGGAAAAUGGAUUUCCAAGAGGUUAUGAUGUUUCUCCAGGCUUUGCCUACAAGGGAUUGGACAGAGAAGGACAUUGAAUUACUCCUGAGCGAAGCUUUCAUUUGGCAAUCUUUGUUCAAAGGGUCGUCGUCUCAUCUCAAAGGUGGCUCAAGUACCACCCCUUCAAAUGCUGCUUCAUGAGGCAUUAGCGAACGAACUUGGAAUAAUAACCACCCAUCUUCUGUCGCUGCCUUACUAUCACCUAGAGCGCCAAUUCAGCCAUAUGACCGAGAUCAAAGGUUGAGAAGGUCGUCUCGAACGCAGGGAUCCUUCAACGAUAGAGGGGCGGAACGUAGGUAGACAAGGACUGCGUAAACUUAGUACGUACUAAGUCAACAAGAUCAAAGUGAUCUAUUGUUGUAAGAUAUCAAGCGGGGAAAUGCAGUGACGAUGAACUCGGCAGAUUUGGUUCUGAAAUUCAUUAUUGAAGAGGAUUGGCAUCAUGUGCACUUAUGUAAUAACAGACCGUUGUGCAUUCCCAGCAAAUAAAGCCUAUGCUCCC